AUCUGUGGUCUUGUCAUGUCAGGUCUUGUCGUCCAUUUUUAAAACGAGUCGCUGUGGCUGGUGAUAUUUAUGAUAUAAAAAUAUAAAAAAUAAAAAUAUUCUUAAUACUACUUCUAGAAUUUGAUUAGUGCAUGCCAUUAUUCAGUGAAAAUGGCUAAACCUGGUCCCGAACCCGAGACUGAACAAAAAGAGAAGAAAAAAGAACGGAGCAGAGACAAAAAGAAGCGUUCAAAGUCUGGAUCGAGUAGUAGUGACGAUAGCCGUAGUAGUUCUUCAGAUAGUAGUUCUUCGAGCUCAAAUUCUUCAAGCAGUUCAAGCAGCGGCUCGUCUUCAAGAUCAGCAUCUGUCGAGUUCAGUAGUUCUAGUUCAGAUUCAUCUAGCUCUUCCAGUGGUAAUGAAAGAACUAGACCAAAAAGAGUAGUAUAUGUUGAUAAAAAAGAAAAGAGUCGUAGUAAAAGUCGGGAACGGAAGGACAAAGAUAAAGAAAAGGAGAUUAAGAAAGAAGAGAAGGAAAAAGUGGAAGUAAAAAAAGAUGAGAAAGAAAAGGACAAGGAAAGAAGGACUUCACCAACAAAAAAUGAUAAAGAAAAAAGUACAAGAAAUAGAUCUAGGUCACGUUCUCCACGAAAGCGUCGUAGGAGAUCUCCUACUCCACGCCCAACUAAAAUCCACAUUGGUCGGCUGACAAGAACUGUUAACAGGGAUCAUAUUAUGGAAAUAUUUUCAACUUAUGGCAUUAUAAAGAAUGUGGAGUUUCAAAAGGAUCAUAAUCACACACACUUGGGUAGAGGUUACUGUUACGUCGAAUACACUAAUCCUGAUGAAGCUGAAAAUGCUAUGAAACAUAUGGAUGGUGGACAAAUUGAUGGGCAGGAAAUAACAACAGCUCCAGUUCUUAUUCCAAAACCUAGGCCUCCUCCAAUGAGACGUUCGCCAAUGCCCAUGCGUCGUCCUCCAAACUAUCGAAGAAGUCCAAUGAGGUUUAGAAGACGUUCGCCUCCAAGAAGAAUGCGUAGCCCUCCAAGAAGAAGACCUGCCCAUUCUAGAAGCCCCCCACCUAGGAGGAGGAAGGCCAGAUCUAGAUCCAGUUCGAGCAGUUCCAGAUAAGUUUGAUACAUAAUUAAUUUUGAAAGUACUACUUAAGUUGUGAGUUUUACACUAAAAUUGUGGUAUAGUGUGUAAAUAAUUUUUUUAUGCAAUUUGAAAGGGAAAUGUAUCAAUUCACACUAUAUAUCAUUUCUGAUUAUUGUUUCAGUUUUAAUUUAAAGAUGUAACAAGAAAAAUAAAAGAUAUAAAAUUUUU